UGUAUGCAUAGCUCAAAAGUGGCCAUUGAGCAAGUUAUGUAGGAUAUAGACCAUAAGCAUGAAUAUAUAGGUGGCGUGGUGAUAUAAGGGUGACAUAAAGAGAGGAGGAUGAUGCUGAAAGGGAGUUUAUGUGAUGAAGUUUUGUAGAGAAUGAUUUUGGUCUGUUUAAAGUGAAUAGCAAAGUUGCUUCAUUUGGGAUUUAGAGGUGAAGACUUCAUUUACUUGUGCAUAUGGGUGAUAUUACUUUAUAGUAUAAUUUUCUUCGUCACAACUGAAAUUCAUCUCAAAGGCAUUAUAAAUUAUCUAUUUAAACCAUUCCACUAUCCUUUUAUUCACUAAAACUGCCUUCUGAGCUACUCUACAACCCUCUUUCUAUCUCCCAAACCCUCUUGUUCCAUCCCAUCCCAAUCCCGCCUCUCCACUCGCACCCACAUAAACUAAAAUCCCCUACAAACCCGUUUAGCCCUAUGUCUCUCAAUCACUAUUUUUCCACCCUAAAAUUCUACCUUCAUCUUUCAAGUCUGGCCAUAACUUUGAGUGCCUAAAAACACAGUCUGUUUCAAAGAGAAAAUUAAAGCCUUCUUAUAGAAUUUGACGCCAUUAUUAAGUCAUACAACCUCUCUUGAUGAUACAAAGAGAUUGAGAGCGGAGACAGAUGUAUCGAACAACUUAAGAAUGCCAAUGAUUUGGUAGAGAGACUGGUACUCAAGUUCGAGAGAAAGUUGUCAAGCUCCAAACCUCUCUUUUCAACAAACAAACUUGUCCUUGAGAGGAGAAAAGAGGUGUAUCUUAGUAAACAACUUCAUGUCUUAAGGUAUCACACUAAGUUUACUCUUCAAAUAUGAGCAUUAUUGAGUCAGAAAGAUAAUCAUGAAGAAGCAUAUAAAUUCUCUGUCCAAGGAAUGAAAAUAUGUAGAGAGUUAGUUAAAAAGACAUCAAUUUUAAUGCAGCAUCACUUGAAUCUCUUUAAGGCAUCUUCAAAUAAGAACUCAUUGCAAAUUAACAACAGGAAGAUGUCAGAGCAGCCUAUUAAAAGCUUGAGCAAAGCUUAUUCUGAGUCUUUACUCACCAACGGUUGCAAAAAUAGGAACUCUAAAUUGCAAAAAUCUACUUCUCAAUCAAGCUUUUCCAGAGACCGAAGCUUAAGGAUUCGAGAGACCAGUUUAGACUCUCAAAGUGUGGAAAGGAUGCACACAUUUAAUAUAAAAUCUACAAAUAUUUCUUCCAAAGUGCUAAACACUUUGAAACAAAUAACAACUGGGAAAAAGAGUUUUAACAAAUCCUCUUCAAUAGUGUCAAAUCAGAGCAAUAGCUCUAAGUGAUACUAUGUAGAGGAGCCUACAGGUCCUCUUGAGAGGAACCUCUCAAAAACCUGGCCGACCUUGAAAGAUCUCCUUGAUAAGAUGAGAUAUUUUGAACUUCUCUCUCAAAUGUCCAUCAAAGACAGAGAUAAGUUCUUGCUCUCUCAAGAUGAAUCUAAGGAUCUUACAAAUCUUUUGACUAGCAGCGGGCUCAGAUUUCAAACCAUUGAAGAAAUGAGGCUUCUUGCUAAAAAUUCUAAAGGAUUUGCAAUUAGAAACUCACUUGGGCUCCAGCACUCAGAAGAUUGGAUCUUUAACCUUAACAUUGGAAAUGUAAUGUUCCUUGCAAAAAUGGAGGAUGAUGAGCUGAACUAUCCCACCGAUCGCUAUCAUGAGCUAAAUAAGGAUGCACUCCUCGAAAAAUUGAUUCUGAUCUGCUCGUGUUAUUUCUGAGUAGCAACAGAACUCAGAUUUUUAGCAAUGAACAAAGAAAUUGUCAAGAAAGAUCCCUCUAUCUCAAGUGCUCAUUCAGAUAUGUGGCAUGCACAAGGAGCUUUCAUUGCAGCUAACUUUUUACCAGAGAAUUGUCCACUGGUAGAUCAUCUCAUCACUAGUUAUGAUAAAUAUCAUCUCAAAUACAGAAAGGAAGAUCUAGCAGUCUCAAAGAAAAGUUUUGAAAGCCUAAAAUCUAAAGAAAAGAAGACUAUAAUAAAGUCAAAACUGUUGUUUAAGAAGCCAAAGACUUCAAAACAAAGUGAGAGAAAUGAAUCCACUCUUGGGAAGUCCAAGAGUAUCAAAUUACUCAACCUCUAUGUUGAGAAAACUAACAAUAUUUUUCCUAAAAAGCUGCAGCUGAAAUUAAGUAAAUAAAAAGAAAGAUCCUCAGAGUGGGAAAAGAGUGAAUCAGAAGUCAAUUUCUAAGAUUAAAGGAGCUACUAAUAUCCAAUACCUAUCAAACAAAUCUACAAAGAGGAAGAAUAGCAACCCAAAAGCUAGCUCUACUAGGCAGAGUAGCUCGAAGAAGAGGAAGCAUUCUCAUAAAUAAAGUUAAGAAUCACUGAAGUCGUAAUAAAAAGUCCUCCCUAGGGAAAAGUAUUACCAAGGGAAUGGACACUAUUGGCUUUAAGAUAAAGCUUAAUAACUUUAUCAAAGAAACAGUUACAAACAGCUGAACUAGUAAAAACAAGAUUCUUAAUACUAAGAAAUCGUCUAUAAAUGAGCAACUCUUGAAGAAAAUGACCACUGGUCUUGCUAGCUUUGCAUCACAGUUUAAUAAAAAUGUACCGAAAUGCAUGGAAAUACAGCACAAAUUGACUGAAGAAGAGAACUCCCACGGAGAUCAAGAACUGCAUCACUAUAAAACACGGAAGAAACAAUCCUGACAGCCAAAGCAGAUCAAUAGUAAUAGAAAUGCGAUUACUAGCCUGAACUCUCCUUCUCAUAGUUGGAUAAACACGUUCAUCUCAAACCAGGAAGGAAAUAAGGCGUUAGAGUGUAAGACAUCAAAACCGGAACUGAAGAAGAAGACCAAGAUCAAGCUCUUUAGAGCCCAAAUGAUAUAGAAUUCCAGCAAUUAUCUAGUUGUAGAUUCCCACAACAGGAAAUGUCAGUUUAACUUCUUAAGAAUGAGGCAUGAUACUUGAUA